UGGCUCGUGCGUUACCAGUUUCGGAAGAGAAGGACAGCGACGAACGGGUAGUUACGCUGCAGGUCCUAAGAUCUGUUUGGUCCUUCUUCAACUAGAUCCGCCUAUCAACACGCCCUUGUGUCUAAUAAAUAUCGAUCAAGGUGCACACUUUGUUCUUUUCUUUAACAGAAGACCAUGGAGACAGAAAUUGAUCAGCAAGAAGACAGUUCCUUCAGCAGCACCACAGAGACUAAUGGUAAGCGCCCUGCUGAGGAUGCAGAUGAGCAGAAAUCAUUCAAGCGCUCCAGAAACUCAGAUGAAAUGGUUGAGCUCCGUGUUCUCCUGCAGAGCAAAAAUGCAGGAGCUGUGAUUGGGAAGGGUGGCAAAAACAUCAAAGCUCUUCGUUCAGAUUACAAUGCCAGUGUGUCAGUCCCAGACAGCAGUGGGCCUGAGCGAAUCCUGAGCAUCAGUGCAGAUAUUGAUACUAUUGGAGAAAUCCUGUUGAAGAUUAUCCCAACAUUAGAAGAGUACCAGCAGUACAAUGGAACGGAUUUUGACUGUGAGCUCCGUCUGCUAAUCCACCAAAGUCUGGCUGGCUCAAUCAUCGGGGUGAAGGGAGCGAAGAUCAAGGAGCUCCGUGAGAAAACAAAGACCAGCAUCAAGCUGUUUCAGGAGUGUUGUCCCCAGUCGACAGACCGUGUAGUGCUGGUUGGUGGUAAAAUGGAGAGGGUGGUGGAGUGUAUCAAAACUAUGCUGGAGCUCAUCACAAAUGCUCCUAUAAAAGGUCGCACACAGCCCUAUGACCCCAACUUUUAUGAUGAAACGUAUGAUUAUGGUGGUUUCACCAUGAUGUUUGAGGAGAGAGGGGGAGGCCGUAGAUCCAUGGGAGGCUUCCCUAUGCGAGGAAGCAGGUCUAGCGGUGGUGGUGGUGACCGUUCAUAUGACCGAAUGCCCUCCAGUAGAGGGGUUCGUGGACCCUUGCCACAUUCCCGUCGUGACUACGAUGAUAUCAGCCCCCGUCGAGGUCCUCCUCCACCCCACCAUAGUCAUAGGGUUGGCAGAGGGAGUGUCCGUCCACGAAGCAUGCCAAUGGGUCACCCGUACAGAGGCCGAGAUGAGCGUUAUUAUGACUCGUACCGUGGCUCUGAUGAAAGGUCAAGUGACAGAAGAGGCAGACCGGAUCGCUAUAGCGAUAGCAUGAGUGGUGGAUAUGACAACAGUUCAUCCUGGGAUAGCUAUCAAUCAGGGGGUCGUGGCUCAUAUAAUGACAUGGGUGGACCCGUCAUCACAACACAAGUGACGAUCCCUAAAGACUUGGCUGGCUCCAUCAUCGGUAAAGGAGGCCAGAGGAUCAAACAGAUCCGUCAUGAGUCGGGGGCGUCCAUAAAGAUUGAUGAACCUUUGGAAGGUUCAGAGGACCGAAUCAUUACCAUUACUGGCACCCAGGACCAGAUCCAGAACGCUCAGUAUCUUCUGCAGAACAGUGUGAAGCAGUACUCUGGCCAUUUGCUGUAGACACAGAU